AUGAGACUGUAUGCUGAAGAAUCUGAAGAAAUGAAUAUCAGUUCUGAGGAUCACUUCCGUUCUCAAAACCAUGCAAAUCACACUCUCUGUAAAAUGGAAAACUAUUUGAAAGAGAAAAAAUUAUGUGAUGUGCUACUUAUUGCUGGACCUCUCAAGAUUCCAGCUCAUAGAUUGGUUCUCAGUGCUGUGUCUGACUACUUUGCUGCAAUAUUUACUAAUGACGUGCUUGAAGCCAGACAAGAAGAGGUCAAGAUGGAAGGAGUAGAUCCAAAUGCACUUAAUUCUUUGGUGCAGUAUGCUUAUACAGGUGUGCUUCAACUGAGAGAAGACACCAUUGAAAACUUGCUGGCUGCAGCAUGUCUCUUACAACUGACUCAAGUCAUUGAUGUCUGCUGCAAUUUCCUCAUAAAGCAACUUCAUCCUUCAAACUGCCUAGGGAUUCGCUCAUUUGGAGAUGCCCAGGGCUGUGUGGAGCUCCAGAAUGUGGCACAUAAGUACACCAUGGAACAUUUCAUUGAUGUAGUAAAGAAUCAAGAAUUCCUUCUGGUUCCAGCUAAUGAAAUAUCAAAACUUCUGUGUAGUGAUGACAUUAAUGUGCUUGAUGAAGAAACAAUUUUCCAUGCUCUUAUGCAGUGGGUAGGUUAUGAUGUUCAGACUAGGCAACGAGAUCUGGCGAAGCUGCUUUCUUAUAUCAGACUGCCAUUACUUUCACCACAGUUACUAGCAGAUCUGGAAAACAGUUCGAUGUUUGCUGAUGAUCUGGAGUGUCAGAAGCUAUUAAUGGAAGCUAUGAAGUAUCAUCUCUUGCCUGAGAGAAGAUCUAUGUUGCAAAGCCCUCGUACAAAACCUAGAAAGUCAACUGUGGGGGCAUGUUAUGCUGUGGGAGGUAUGGAUUCUGCUAAAGGUACUACUACAAUUGAGAAGUAUGACCUCAGAACCAACAGUUGGCUCCAUAUUGGCACUAUGAGUGGUCGUAGACUUCAGUUUGGAGUUGCAGUUGUUGAUAAUAAACUUUAUGUUGUGGGAGGAAGAGAUGGUUUAAAAACGUUGAAUACUGUAGAAUGUUUUAAUCCAGUUACCAAAACCUGGGUUGUGAUGCCUCCUAUGUCAACACAUAGACAUGGGCUUGGUGUAGCGACACUUGAAGGACCAAUGUAUGCUGUUGGAGGUCACGAUGGAUGGAGUUAUCUAAAUACUGUAGAAAGAUGGGAUCCUGAUGGACGUCAAUGGAAUUAUGUGGCCAGCAUGUCAACUCCUAGAAGCACGGUUGGAGUUGUUGCACUAAAUAACAAGCUGUAUGCUAUUGGUGGGCGUGAUGGAAGUUCCUGCCUCAAGUCAAUGGAGUACUUUGACCCACACACUAACAAGUGGAGUCUGUGUGCUCCAAUGUCAAAAAGACGUGGAGGUGUAGGCGUAGCAACGCACAAUGGAUACUUGUAAGUUGUAGGGGGACAUGAUGCUCCUGCUCCUAACCAUUGUUCCAGGCUUUCUGACUGUGUAGAAAGAUAUGAUCCAAAAAGUGAUUCGUGGUCAACUGUGGCACCUUUGAGUGUUCCUCGUGAUGCUGUUGCAGUAUGCCCCCUUGGAGACAAACUCUAUGUGGUUGGCGGAUAUGAUGGUCAUACAUAUCUGAAUACUGUUGAAUCAUAUGAUGCUCAGAAAGAUGAAUGGAAAGAGGAAGUACCUGUGAAUGUUGGAAGAGCCGGAGCAUGUGUUGUAGUUGUGAAGCUACACUGAAACUCUCAUUAGCUAAUACAAUGGAAUAGAAUUAUCUCAAGAAUGAAGAAGACAUAUCCUCUUUUCAGAAGUUGAUAGCAGAUUCAAAUGCUGUUGUGUUGUUUUCACGUGUAGUUGAAAUUUUUAACAUUCAUACGGCUGAAAAAUGUGGAUUACAUGUUACUGUUGAGUAUAUGUGCUGUCUCAGCUUAUAAUCUAAUGCAAAAUCCCAUGGGCUAUGUUUAGCCUCAUUAGCAUAAAAUGUUAAAGUACCUAACAAACAUUUGGCAGUGGGCAGUAUUUGAAGGUGAUGAAUGCAUUAACAGUUUUCGUGUAAGGGUCUAGGAAGUAAAACAUUUUCUAUUGAAGGUACUCUACCAUCUGGAAUAACUUAAUAAAAAAGAAUGACAGAAGCUUUAAAGCAUACCAUCUUGUUUCAAACAAUAGCUCACCUAGCUAAUAAUACCUCACAUUAGCCAAGAAGAAAGUGUUUUCUGUGCCAUGCAUGAAACAGGUCAUUCACUGAUGUAAUUUCCUAUACUAAUUACACAAUGUCAAACUUUUCACAGGCUAUUAUUUUCAGUUAACUUUCUGCUAAAAUAUGUAUAUAAAUUUUCUAUCCCAUGACAUGGUGUGUUGAUAGAUUCAUUUGCAGUAAAGUAUCAUAAUGUCGCAUAUACAAUCUAUCAUCUAAUAGUGAAUAUUAUAUUGUUACAAACUUUGCCUGAGGGCCUCAUUGUACAGAAGUUUAUUCUUUCCUCAAACAUUUAAUAUUUUC